GAUAUGUAGUUCUCUCUGGGUUUUUCCAUCCAAAAUUUAUUUAAAAUUUUUAGUUUAUCUUCUGAAGACGCUUGGUUUAUUAAUUUAUUUGAUGGCGUUGUGUAUAGUAAUUUUUGUUAGCAUGCCAAUGUUAAUGUUGUGUUUACUUAUUGUAAAGUUGGCUUUAAAUUUUGCAAGGAUAUAUUUAAAUAUUUUAUUAAUUAAAGUUCUUAUAAUUCGUCUAUUCCUCUUAUUUAUUAAAUUUGUACUUAAAUCGAUUAUUUUUUGCCUUAAAAACUUUAACAAAAUUAGGGCUUAUUUCAUAUGUAGAAUGUAUAUUUAUAUUUUCUGUGCCGUAAUUUGUAUGACUUUAUUUUUUCUAAUUUUAUAUAAUUUAUAUAAAUACAUUUAA